GGGGCAACACUAGAACUACGUUACUUCUUUUGUCUUAAAACUACUUUCCGAACGAUUGCUAAGCAAGUUUUGGUUUCUUUAGCUAAAAUUCUCACCGAAUAAAUUUGUAGCCCGGUUUUGUUGUUUGUUUAUUUGUUGUUAUUUUGAAAAAUCGUCAUGAUGGACCAAAUAACGAUGAGAAGUAAAUUUAGGGGCGCAAUGUUGGGUUCCCUUAUGGGGGAUUGUCUCGGGGCCCCUUACGAGUUUUGCGAUAUUACGCCUGGAACCAAGAUGCAGAUACAGAAGUAUUUUGACGAUUUGGGGGACCCCAAUCUUAAACCACAACCGUUUAAAAAGUAUACCGACGACACGGCAAUGUUAAAAUCGAUGGCGAAAUUCCUUAUCGACAAGCCGGAACCGGAUUUUAACUUCCUCGCCAAAUUGUUUGUGAAGGAAUUUUUCUCUGAACCGAGACGAGGUUACGGGGAAAAUGUGGUGGAAGUGUUCUGCAAAUUGCGAGACACGAAAUGCGGCGAUGCCUUUUCGCCCGCCAAAACGCAGUUCAACGGGCAGGGGUCGUACGGCAACGGCGGGGCGAUGCGCGUAGCCCCCGUCGCGCUCUUUUACCACUCGGACUACCAAAAAAUGCUCGAGGUGGCGGAGAAGGCCACAAACGUGACGCACACGCAUUUGCUGGGCGUCAACGGGGCGCUUUUGCAGUGCAUAGCCGUUCAGCAGGCUCUGAUGAUCGAUCCCAAAAACAAAAUCAACGCCAAAAAGUUCUGCCACGAGAUCUUCAAAAAAAUUCGCUUCCUCGAAACUAAGGGAGGACAGGAUCGACAUGAUGUUGAAAGUGAGGAAUGCACAUAUCAACUAAAGAUGAAAAUAGUGGAAAACUUCUUAUCGAGAAAAUUUGACGACGAGUUUGACGAUGAAGUUAUUAUAUGCCUGGGAAAUGGCGUUUCCGCGCACGAAUCAGUAGCAACUGCUAUAUUUUGCUUUCUUAAGGCUCUGGAUGAUGAUAUUCCAUACAUUAAGACUGAUGAUAUCUACAGAAGAACGAUACAAUACGCCAUAAGUUUGGGAGGUGAUACAGACACCAUAGCUUGCAUGGCGGGAGCCAUUUGUGGAGCGUAUUUGGGGGAAGAUGCCCUAAACAAAAAUUUAAUGAAGCACUGCGAAAAAUACAAGGACAUAAUCGAAUUGGCUGACAAUUUAUUUGACGCUCAUAGCGCCCCAGUCAACGAAUACAAUUGAGUUUUGAGAUAACUUUUUUUAUUUAGGUUUGAUUAAGUAUUUUUGUUUUAUAUAGGUAUUAAAUUGUAACCAUGUGAUCCUGUAAAAUUGUUAAAUAAGGUUUUAUUUUUUUAGUAAAUUUGUUUCGACUUUA